CUUAUUGGUCGCGGCAUGGCUACGCGCAAGUUGCGGAACGUCCAAGGUUAUCGCGUUCUAGACGAGGCAGCUAGACAAAGACGACUGAAGAGACAACUUGAGGCAUUAGAGCGUGACAAUCAUCAUGAUGACCCGCACCAGAACGUUCCCCAAAUCACACACAAGCUUCCCUCUUUUAGUGAUGGAGAAACGGGUCGGCGUGUGCGACGGUCUAAGACUGAAGUCAGAAUCAAACAGAGAUUUAGAAGAACAUUUACAGCUUUAUUGGAAGAGUUGCAAAAUGAUGAAGAGGCAAAGUCAAAGCCAAAUUAUUUGACGAUUGCAGCACCUCCAUCAAAGUUUCCAGAAAGAAAAUUUUGUGCAGUUUGUGGGUUUCCCAGUGCUUAUACUUGUGUUGCAUGUGGAGCUCGUUACUGUAGUGUGAGAUGUCUAGGUACUCAUAAAGACACAAGGUGCCUAAAGUGGACAGCAUGACGAGCAAAUUCUGAAAUAAAUAUGGCAAGAGUUCUGGACUGGUGAAUGAUGAUGAUGAAGGGAGACCACCAUUGUCAGACUAACAAGUGUGUUUUCUAAUGCUACACAUAUAUGAACAUAUACAUUAUACCUCUAGUGUACAGGCCAAGGAUUUGUACUGUAGCAUAUAAUUAUAGUUAAUUGUACUGUAUAUAUUGGAAUCCCAGCAUGGUGACAGACUGUAAUGAUGCAAUAACUGGUACAUGCACAAUCAGUUUUUUCAAGAAGGCAGAUAUCAUCUUUUCGAUUAUAGCC